ACACAGAUAUGACUACCCUGAACAAACUUAACAGCUAUUUUGUCCUUAAAGACUUAAUCAGGAUCCACCCAUGUAUUAUGUCAGUCGAAGAUGUUAGGAAAAAGUCAGAAUUUUCUUUGAAAUUAACUAACCUUUCACUUGACACAAAUGGACGCCAUUUAAUCUCUAUCGGUAAUGUUAUCAAAGCGAUUGCCUGGAUUAUCCCCAAGUCACGUGCUAAUUACAGAAAUUUACAAUACGCCAUCUUUUAUUUUAAAACUAAAGAAUCUAUAGAAGCAGUAAAAAAUGGAGAAACGUAUUUCCUCGAUAGGAAACGAUUAAUCUGGACUGAUCCUAAUGCAAAACUUUGCUUCACCUGUCAAGUUUCAGGUCACCAAUCGCAGAAUUAUCAUAAAAAUCGUUCAGCCUUACAAGACUGA